AAGUACCUGAAAGCUGCUGUCGCGUCCGGCACGCUCAUUCAGACCAAAGGUAAGGGUGCAUCGGGAUCGUUCAAGUUGGCGUCAUCCGGAGGUUCUGCUGGAACCCAGCAUCAGCAGAAAAAGAAGGCGGCAGCAAAGAAAGCAACCGCUGGCGCUGCCGCUAAGAAAUCUUCUGCAUCAUCGAAAAUUUCUUCUGCUGCGAAGGCGACUUCUCCCGCCAAAAAGUCAACUGUGAUGCGCAACGCCAAGGGUGCGGCUAAAACGUCUGCGAUUGUGGCGAGCAGCACCACCAAGAAGCAACAGGCUGCUGCGGCCGCAGCGACCAGUGCUUCGGCGAAGAUUGCAGCAGCUACGGCUGCGGCAAAGAAGAAGCUCGCAGCUGCGAAAAAGUCCAAGUAUCAUUUGGCAACCACGUGGAGCGGCUAG